ACUGGAACGACCUAAUUACAAUGACUUCAGAAAGUGAGGCUGAUUCACCAACUUCAAGUACUAGCAAGUCGCGCGGUCUUUCAUAUUCUGAUACAUUUCCUCGUCAUCAUCACUCGUUAUCAAACUCGUCAUCGUCAAGUAGUCUCUCUCAGAACGGACAACAACACAUUGCGUCAACGCUUGUAAAACAAUUGUCGCCUUCCACUCGUUUUGCAUUCACUGAUUUAAUUAUAACGAUAUUGAGGUUGGAUUUUUAUAAAAAAUCUGCCGAUGGACAAUCAACAAUUUUCUGUAACAAAGCACUCGACGUGUUGUUUAAAUGGGGAAACCUUCCUGUAAAAACUCAGAAUUCAUUGAGAUUACACAUUGAGGAAGCAACCGCUUUUAAUGAGGAUAUUGCUGCAUUGAUUACUUCCAUCAAGUCAGAUCCAUUUUUGCAGAAGCAUGGUUGUGUACCUCUUUUGGGAUCUUUUCUCCUUGCAAUUAUUGUUGAUGGUGAUUAUGAUUCUCGGUUUCGUGUGCUCCUUCGUCACAUCUCUGCAUUGUUAGGCGUACAUUGGGACGUGUUUGAAGAAUUUGAAUCGACUUUGGGUGAUCAACUUGUAACAGAGUAUAAAGAAUCUAUGGAGAAUCAACAAAUUCGUGAGAAGAAAUCCAAAUUGAGAAAAUAUAAACGCUACGCAAUUAUUGGGGCUGCUACUGGCUUGGGUGGUGUUCUAAUAGGUGUUACUGGUGGUUUGGCUGCGCCAUUAAUUGUUGCCUCUAUUUCCGCUCUUACGGCUACAACGAUAUUUGCUGGUUUAACUGGAACUGCAAUUACAGCUAUUUUUGGAUCAUUAUUUGGUGUAGCUGGAGCUGGUUUAAGUGGUUAUCGAAUGCAGAAGCGUGUUGGUGAUAUUGAAGAAUUUACCAUUGAACGACUAACCGAAGAGGAGAAUAGAGCUUUGCAUUGUGUGCUCUGCGUUUCUGGAUGGAUUGAAGAUAGAGAAUCUCAAGCUUUUCGUACACAUUGGCGUCAUCUUUGGAUGAGUAAGGAGCAAUAUACCUUGAGAUGGGAAAGCAAGUAUUUAGAAGAACUUGGAAAAAGUAUUGAAUACUUUGUUUCAUUCGUAGUUAGUUAUGCAGUACAGCGCUCUCUGAUGGAAACUGUUUUGGCUGGUUUGGUUUCAGCCAUUGCUUGGCCACUUAUUUUACUGGGAUCUUCUUCCAUUAUUGAUAAUCCUUGGAACAUUUGUACAAAAAGAGCUGCUGAAACUGGAGAACAUUUGGCGGAAGUUUUGCUCACAAGAUCCCAUGGUCGAAGGCCUAUAACACUAAUUGGUUUUUCACUUGGUGCACGGGUUAUUUAUCACUGCUUAAUGGAAAUGAAUAAACGCAAACCUUAUUCACUUGGUAUAGUUGAAGAUGUUAUUUUGCUUGGCGCUCCAGUUUCUGCUUCACCGUCUCAAUGGCGUCAGAUUUGCUCAGUAGUCGGCGGCCGUGUAAUAAAUGGUUAUUGUAAAACUGACUGGCUUUUACGUUUUCUUUAUCGCACAAUGAGUGUACAAUUUGUUAUUGCAGGAACAGGACCAGUUGAUAACAAAAAUGAACGAAAAAUCGUCAAUUUCAAUCUUUCACAUAUUAAACUCACCAGAGUUCUUGAAUCUGUUGGUGUUCGUGUUGCACCUCUUUCAAAAGAAUCGAGGCAAGAUUUGGAACGAUUUGAAGAAUUACAACGAAAAUUACAAAAUGGCGCGAAGCUGACCUCUUCUUUAUCGGUUCCAAAUUUAUCUACACUAGAUGAAGAAAAGUCUUCAAUAAUUCUCGAACAAUCAAAAGAAUUGAUCAGCAAAGAAGACGGAGAUUAUGAAGGAGAGGAUGAAGGAUUACGGCUGAGAGGUGAUCCCCUCGGCGUAAGUGAGUUACGAAUAAAAAGGACACAUUCAUUGGCGAGUGCUGAAACAUUUCAUUCGGCUAUGUCUACUUUAAAUUAA